GCCCGCCCCGACUAGUUUAUCUUGUGACCGCGGCAGCCACUUCGUAUUUCGAGCUUGGCGCCUCGUUAUCCACGAUGGGUUUCCUGGCUAUAGCGAUCCUGCUCCUGGCGUUCUUCGCUACCAUCCAGGCCGAGCCGGUGCAUUACAAGGACUGCGGUUCUAGAGUUGGAGUUAUAAAAGAGGUAAAUGUGAACCCAUGCCCCAACCAGCCCUGUGAACUGAAGAAAGGACAGUCCUACAGUGUCAAUGUCACCUUCACUAGCAGUACAGAAUCUGAAAAUAGCACAGCCUUCGUGGAAGGCAUCCUGAUGGGUGUGCCAGUCCCCUUUCCCAUUCCUGAGUCUGAUGGUUGUAAGAGUGGAAUCAACUGCCCCAUCCAAAAAGACAAGACCUAUAGCUACAUGAAUAAACUGCCAGUAAAGACUGAAUACCCCUCUAUAAAACUGGUAGUAAAGUGGCAACUUGUGGAUGACAGACAAAAUUCCUUCUUCUGCUGGGAAAUCCCAAUACAGAUCAAAAGCUAGAGCUAUUUGAUGCUGAUUUGUCUAUGUGGAGGUUCCUCCUCUAUAAGUGCCUCACUGAGUCUGGUGCAUCUGAACAAGAAAUCUGCUGGCUCUGAACAGCACCUCCACCUCCAUUGCCUCAACAGUAGUGAUCUGUUCUCUACUGAUAUCCAGAGAUUCAUAGGAGAUGUCAUGUUCUACAGCAGAAAGUCAGCUGUGGAUAACUGGUUCUCUGUGGUUAUCUCAUGUCUUUUGUUCUGUCUUAGGUGGUUUUCGUUAAAGGCAACAGUUGGUUACCAGAUAUUUGAUUCUUUUUUUUUUUUUUUUUUUUAACAAUAUUAACUUGUAUCCUCUUUCUGAACCUGGAAAUGAACCUUCGUAUAAAUAAAAACUUGUCAGUCUUGUCUUCUGCAUUUGGGCUGUGGUCAUGUGCUUCUUACACAUAGUGCAUUCCCCAGACCUGUGGGAGGUGGGUACCCAGUUCCAUGUCCCUGAGAGACUCUCUUUCCUCCUUUUGCCCAGUUAGACCUCAUCUAUCUUUUGAUACAAAGUGACCUUGUUUCACUUUAUUUUGCACAAUCUUAGACCACAGAGUAUGCUUGAUAGAAACAGUGAAAGCAAACAUCACCUAGUUGAAUAAUAACACCUUAAAGGGUGAGGCAUGGUGAUCUUUUGGGAACCAUCCACCAUGAUGGAGAAAGCCUCAGAGAUUACAAAUAAAAUGUGAAGUUGAAGCAGGUACUGGUCAAAUUAGCUAAAGUUUGGAGUUUUCUGCUCUCAAGGUAAAAAGUAUAAUUAUGGGGUGCAUAGUUUGCCAUUUCAAAUCCACAUACUGUGAGCUUUUAGGUGGGACCGGGGUUAUCACGAUAUUCAUAACUGAGUUGAGUAAUGAGCACCUUGGAAAGUCAUCCAUUGUUUUUUUUUUUAAGAGAGAAUUUUUAAUAUUUAUUUUUCAGUUUUUUCGGCGGAUACAACAUCUUUGUUUGUAUGUGGUGUAGAGGAUUGAACCCGGGCCACACGCAUGCCAGGCGAGCACGCUACCGCUUGAGCUACAUCCCCAGCCCCAAGUCAUCCAUUGUUAAAUAAAAAUAACUCUUUUCUCAGUUGAGUUCUGACAAAA